UUGGCAUUGGAACAAGUUCAACGACAGUAUUUCUGCCGAUAUUUGGUGGUGGAAAAGUAUUGUUAGUAAAGAAGAAAAUCAUCACGAAAUCAUAAACGAUUCAAUCGCCUAUGGAAUUUUACUGACGUUGGCAUCGAUUUUGCAUUUAUUAGUGGGCAUCGUAUGUGUUGAUUGUUUUAAUCAUAUGGCAAUACGACAAAUAACUCGCAUUCGUGUUGAAUACUUUAAAUCGUUGAUGCGACAGGAGGUCGGUUGGUAUGAUGUUGCGGACGGUAAACAUAAUUUUGCCGUUCGAAUCACCGAAGAUAUUGAGAAGAUUAGAGACGGAAUUGCUGAAAAAGUGUCUCACUUUCUGGUUUUGGUGAUUGGAUUCAUAAUUUGCGUUGUGAUGUCAUUCAUUUACGGAUGGAAAUUAUCACUUGUCGUGAUAUCGUAUGUGCCAAUUGUUAUUUUAACAAACUAUAUCAUUGGGAAGUAUCAAACGUCGUUAUCCAUCAAAGAAUCGAAUUCUUAUUCAGCAGCAACGAACGUUGCUGAGGAAGUAUUGAGUGGUAUUCGUACUGUUUUUGCAUUUGGCGGCGAAAAAUUGGAAAUUGAUCGAUACAAUAAACGUUUGAUAAACGCAAAAAAAGCAGUCAAAUUGAAAGGAUUGCUUGCCGGACUUGGAGAUGGUGUUAUGCAAUUUUUAUUUUUUGGGAGCAAUGCACUUGCGUUUUGGUAUGGAGUUAAACUGGUUUUAGAAGACCGUGAUAACGUUGACAAGGAAUAUACACCAGCCGUUUUAAUGAUUACAUUCUUCGGUUUGAUUUGUGGCGCUGAAAAUAUUGCAAAAACAGCUCCGUUUUUGGAAUCUUUUGCCAGUGCUUGCGGAAGUGCUGCCAGUAUAUUCAAGGUUAUCGAUCGUACGUCCAAAAUCGAUUCGAUGUCAAAUGAAGGAAAAGUGCCAACAUUUGAGAUUCAAGGGAAUAUUUCGUUUAAAAAUGUGCAAUUCAGUUAUCCAUCUCGAUCAGAUGUUCAGAUUCUGCGCGGAUUAAAUAUUGAAAUCCAAGCCGGACAAUCAGUCGCUCUAGUCGGCGAUUCCGGCAACGGGAAGUCAACUUGUUUGCAAUUGCUCCAAAGAUUUUACGACCCAAACAAUGGUCAUAUUCUGAUCGAUGGCUGUGAUAUACGCACAUUCAAUAUCAAUAUGCUGCGUUCGAGUAUAGCAACAGUUGGACAGGAACCUAUCCUUUUCUCCACCACAAUUGGUGAAAAUAUUCGCUAUGGUAAUCCCGAUGCAACCGAUAAAGAUGUGAUUGCAGCCGCAGUUCAAUCUGGUGCACAUGACUUCAUAGCAAAAUUACCACAAGGAUACCACACGAUGGUAGGUGAAAAAGGUUCACAGCUCUCCGGUAAGUACUUCAAAAUUCAUGUCUUUCGUCAAUUUCCAAAGUUUCGCUUUGCAGGUGGUCAAAAGCAGAGAAUCGCCAUUGCCCGUGCAUUGAUUCAAAAUCCGAAAAUACUAUUGUUAGAUGAAGCAACAAGUGCUCUUGACUAUCAAUCCGAAAAGUUUGUGCAGAAAACGCUAGAUAAAGCGAGUAAAGACCGCACAACAAUAACUGUAUCGCAUCGCUUGUCCGCCAUUCGAAAUGCAGAUCGGAUUUUUUUCAUUGAUAAAGGUACGGUGCUCGAAAACGGAACACACAACGAAUUGAUGGCGAUGAAAGGUCGAUACUUUGAAAUGAUUUCGGCCGGCCGUUCGGAAGAUGGAACAGAAUAUGAUUGCAUUAACAACCAUAAAGUAACGGGGAAUGAAUGUCAAGAUGAUCAACAAACGGUUUACAUAAAUAACAAUGAUGAACAAGAUUAUUUCGGUGAUUUAUCUGUGGAUGACGUGGAACCAAAGAAAACGAGAGAAAUUAUCGAAUAUUGGAGCGUUUUCAAACGUAUUUUAAAUCUGUUAAGGCCAGAGUGGUUCAUUUUGUUCUUGGCCACAAUAUGUGCAUGUUUCAUUGGCGCUACAUUGCCGAUUUUUGCAAUUUUAUUCGGCGAAGUUUACGGCGCAAUGUCAUUAGAAGAUGCGAGUGAGGCACUCAAACAAACAUACACCAUUUCCACAUGGUUUUUGGUGGUCAGCGUAAUUACGUUCAUCUCAGCCACUUUGCAAACAUAUUGGUUUUCUAAGGCCAGUGUCAAUCUGGCGACAAGAGUUCGAUCAAUGACAUUUGCGGCAUUUUUGCGUCAGGAGUGUGGUUGGUUUGACGAUAAAAAUCAUUCAACCGGUGCACUUUCAUCCCGACUCACCGGUGAUGCCAGAAAUUUACAAGUAGCAAUUGGCUAUCCAAUUAGUGUCAUCUUCCAGUCAAUUUCCACUAUUGUAGUCGGAAUUUUCGUGGCAUUUGCUUAUUCUGUCAAACUGUCAUUUCUAUGUUUGGCUGCAAUUCCAUUAUCAUUAAUCACGGUCAUUUUGGAGGCAAAACACAUGUCGAAGACAACACUGACAGAGAAACAAUCAAUCGAAAUCGGAACGAAAAUUGCAACGGAAGCUAUUUCUAAUAUUCGAACCGUCGCCGCUUUAAGACAAGAAAAGUACAUGAUUGGCCGAUACGAAGCUGAAAUGGCAAAAGUUUCAAAAAUUAUUCGAAAGAAAAUAAUGUGGCGUGGCUUGGUUAAUUCAACGACACAGUCGAUUCCAUACUUUGCUUAUGCGGCUGCACUCUGCUAUGGUGGUCUUCUGGUGGCCUACGGUGAAAUUCACUUCAAAAAUGUCAUCAAAGUAAGCGAUGCUUUACUUUACGGAACCAUUGUCAUGAGUCAAAGUUUGGUUUUUGUGCCGUCGUUCACUGAAGCAUUCGCUAGUGCACAUCGUGUUUUUCAACUAAUCGAUCGAAUUCCAAUGAUUUGCUCACCAAUCAUAGCCAACAAAAGUCGAAAACCAGAUAAAAGGAAUCAAAUUGAAUACAAAAGCAUUGAUUUUUGCUACCCAACGCGGCCAAAUGUUCAAAUUCUUAAAGACUUUAAUUUUAAUGUGAUUGAAGGGAAAACUGUUGCUCUCGUAGGCCCUUCAGGUUGCGGCAAGUCAACAUGCAUCCAAUUAUUACAGAGGCUCUAUGAUCCGGAACAUGGUCGUAUUCAUAUUGGUUUGGACGAAAUAUCCAGUGAUAUAUCGCUGAAAGAUUUGCGAUCGAAAUUAAGCAUUGUGUCUCAGGAACCGGUGCUGUUUGAACGAACAAUUGCCGAAAACAUUGCUUAUGGUGAUAAUUCACGAAAUGUUUCAAUGGAAGAGAUUAUAGCCGCAGCGAAAGUUGCCAAUGUACAUAAUUUCAUCCAUCAAUUGCCAAUGGGUUACGAAACAAAUGUGGGCAGUAAAACAGCACAACUGUCGGGCGGUCAAAAACAGAGAAUUGCCAUUGCCCGUGCAUUGAUUAGAAAUCCGAAAAUAUUAUUGUUAGACGAAGCAACAUCUGCAUUGGAUGUACAUAUGGAGCAGGCUGUUCAACAAGCCCUUGAUUCGGCACGAUCCGGACGAACCUGUUUAGUAAUCGCGCAUCGAUUGAGUACCAUACAGAAUGCCGAUGCAAUUUGUGUUUUACGUGGUGGAAACAUUGUUGAGUAUGGAACACACCGUGAACUAUUAGCACUGGGGGGACUUUACACACGAUUAUAUAACGCCCAAAAAUAACAACGCAACCUUUUGUUUAUUAGUUUAUUCUAUGAUUGUUAUUUUUAUAAGUUUUGCUAAAU